GUUGGAAGGCUGCUGAGCCCGGCCGCCGGGGAAUCGCUUGUUACUUUCCUUCUCUCUCUCUCUCUCUCUUUUUCUGUCUCUCUUUUUUUUCUCUCUCUCCCUCCUUCCCCCCUCUCUCUUCCUCCCUCUCUCUUCCUCCUCCCUCCCCUCCCUCCCUCUCUCUCUCUCUCCCCGUUGGAGCAGCAGCCGCACCUGAACUCCCUUCGCUUGCGCGGCUGCCUGUUUCCUGCGAGAGCCCCGGGAGGAGGAAGAGGAGCAGCGGCGGCGGAUCAUGGAUAUCGAGAGGCUCCAGGAGGCACUGAAAGAUUUUGAAAAAAGAGGGAAGAAGGAAGUCUGUCCAGUAUUGGAUCAAUUUCUUUGUCAUGUCGCCAAGACUGGAGAGACAAUGAUUCAGUGGUCACAAUUCAAAGGAUAUUUUAUUUUCAAACUGGAGAAAGUAAUGGAUGACUUCAGAACUUCUGCUCCUGAGCCAAGAGGCCCUCCUAACCCUAAUGUGGAAUAUAUUCCCUUUGAGGAGAUGAAAGAACGGAUUCUGAAAAUAGUUACUGGCUUUAAUGGUAUCCCAUUUACUAUUCAGCGACUUUGUGAGCUGCUAACGGAUCCUAGGCGGAAUUACACAGGAAUAGACAAAUUUCUCAGAGGAGUAGAAAAGAAUGUUAUGGUUGUCAGCUGUGUAUAUCCUUCUUCAGAGAAAAAUAAUUCCAACAGUUUAAACAGGAUGAAUGGUGUAAUGUUUCCAGGAAACUCACCGGGUUAUUCAGACAGAUCUAAUAUAAAUGGUCCUGGGACACCCCGACCUGUAACUCGACCAAAAGUUUCCUUGUCACCUCCUAUGACUACAAAUGGUUUACCAGACAGUUCCGAAAGUAAGGAGCUGGGCCUCCUGCAAACUGAAGAGAAAAUUAACAGUGAAUCGCCAGCAUCUGAGCCUGAAAGAGUCCAAAACUGUCCUGUAAAAAAUAAACACCCAGGAGAAGAUCCAUCAGAAAUGGAAGGCUAUGAAGUAAAAAGACUUAAAUUUGACAAAGAGGAGGAAGCUGAAGAAACCUCCAACCAGACUGGUUCCCAUGAAGCUUGCUCAGCAAUGGUAGAAGAGACUGAGACAAGUUCUGCAUCACAGGAUAAAGAAAAAGAAGCUAUUGGAGAGAGACAACAUUGUAAAGAAGACGUUGAGGAGGAGGAAGAAGAAUCUCUCAUGAUGUCAAGAGAAGUGUUUCCAGAAAGAAAAGUUCUAGACAAAGACAGUGCCUCCUUAAUUGAGAAAGAAGAUGUUUCUGAGGAGAAUAAUCAAAUGGGAGAAUCUGACCAGACUCAAGCAAUGAAAGACUCAUCUUCUCCAAAUAGUGAGAACAGUGAAUCUUUUAGUAGCAAAGCUGACAGCAGUGACCAAGAAGAAUUGGGCUCAAACGUUAGUGAAAAUCCUGAAAUUGCAUCAGAGACCCCAGUGGAAAACAGCGAUGAAGCCACAGAAGCUGCAGAUGAACCUAUGGAACAAGACUAAUAAUUUUAAUACACUUAGAGGCAGUAUUUUCCACAAGGCUCUGGUUUUACACUGUAUAAAUAAUUUUAUGUAAUAAAAGUGGACUGUUAGUUUUCCAAGAGAAGCAGGCUGUAAAUUGAACUUCUCAGUGCGUUAAAUCCUGAAGGACUUGUACUUGUUACUGUGAAAUAUUGGCUCCUUCAGGUCCUGCUUGCCACUGAAAUUUCAGUAUGGUCAAAUCUGGUCUGUGUAUAGUUUUUUAUUAUUUAGAAUUAAAAUUUUUAAACUGGAAGGCAGUUCUAAUUCUGACAAUUUUUUGGAGAUUCUUCAUUUAAUUACUUCUCUCUCUUUCCUUUAAUUCCCCUGAAUGCUGUAGCAGUUAAUUUUUGGUUUGGUUUUUAACGCUUCAAUUUCAUGUUGGUUUACAGAUUUUCAUUUGACUACAUUUUGUGCUUGAAAAAGCUACAUAUUGGCAUAUAAUAAAUACUUGAUAAUAUACAAAUCUAAAGAAAAUCUAUGUUUGCACUUUAGAUGCAUUUUCUGUUCCAGACAGAAGCAACCAAGUUCUUUCAUACAAGAAAACAUUUUUACCCCCAAAUAAACCAAAUAAAAUUAGGCCCACAUGAUAGCCUAAAAGAUCUAAAUGUUGUUGAAAGUACCAGGUCAAAUACAUUCCAAGAGUUCUGUUCUAACAACACUUUUUGUACAUUUCUGAGGUGCCUGGAAGAUAGGUUUCCAUUUUACUGUUGAAAAACUGUGUUGAGAACAGAUUUCAAAAUAAUAUCUUCAGCUUUUUUUUUGUAGCAGGAAUGUUUGCAAACCUGACAAGAUAGUUUCUGUGAACUGAGGAAAUUUCUGACAUUACAUAAUGGUUUUAUAGUAGGAGAUCAGACUGAUAUGAAAUGCUGCAGCAUUGCAUGUCUUAGUUAUGUAUCAGAAUUGAAUGGCUACCAUUUGUACAUUAUUUUGAAAGUGAACUAAAUAUUUUUGAACAUGCCACUUUGACAGCCAGUGUUAACACUUCCUUUCCAAAACCAGCUGAAAGCACAAUUACUGCUUUAAAUAUGUCACAUUAUAUUUUUCAGACAUCGGUGUGCAAAAACACUCAAAAUAUAACCUCCCAGUCACAUUUACUGGCUGCCAAAUUUAUACCUGUUUCUUCAACUGUACCUUUUUGAUAUUUAGAAUUUUUAAAUUUCUGUAAAGUAGAUUUUUGUAGAUUGUAAAGAGUGCUCACUGCCAUUGUGAAACGGUAUAUAAUUGUAUAAUUUGUGUGUAAACUGGAUGCUUGGGCUUUCAAUACAGUAUUCAUAUAAAGCAAUAAAUAUUAAUGUCAAAAUGUUUGAGUACAUUUUAAUCAAAACAUAAUGGGACUCCCUUUGUUGGCAGAGAAGACACAUACCGUGGAGUACAAAAAUAAUCACCAAAGUGCAUGCUAACAAUUGUACUGCAUGGUGGGUUUCAUUCUGGAGAACUGGGUUUUGAAUUCAAUGUAUUCCAAAAUAACUUGAAUGAAUUUGCAAAACUGCUAUCAGGUUAAAAGUUAAAAAGGUGUUGCUUGGGAAAAAUAUCUAGUGCCCUUCUACAUACUUACAAGUGAAAAAUCAAUUUAUGUUCAGUUACUUUCUCUUGGCAAGAGAAGGGGGUUGAAUAUGUACUGUAAGCAUUAAAGAGGGGUUUACUCAAACCAAAACAGGAAUUGUAAAACAUGUCCCAAAACACAAAUCUAUAAGAUAUACUUUUUUCUCCUUGCUUUUUUUAAGGAAUACUUUGCAAAUGAGAACAAAAUUUAAGUUUAGAGACUUCUGAAAUUUUCUUUAGAAUGUUUGUGAAAAUACUGUUAAUAAAUUAUUAUUUAAUCAUC